GCCUCCUUCUCCCCCAGUACCACUGUUCAAGGACGUGUGCUGUAUUUCAAUAUCCCCUCCAACAUGCCUAUUGCAAACGGAGACUCAGCCAGCAAUGGCGUCCCUCUCAACCGCAACCUGGAAAAACAAGACUGGCGUAAAGCCGAAGAACUACUCAAAGAGUACGAGUCGCUGGAUGGUCUCGAUGUCCACACCCUCAUAGACUCGAAGGAAAAUGGUGCCCUGACGUACAAUGACUUCUUGGUCCUCCCAGGAUACAUCGGUAUGCCUCUUCAACGCGUUUCUUGUGGUCGAUCUGACACAGUCGCGUAGGUUUCGCCGCCUCUGAAGUCAGUCUCGACUCUCCUGUCACAAAGCGGAUAUCCCUCAAGACACCCCUCCUCUCCUCUCCCAUGGACACUGUGACAGAAGAGAACAUGGCUAUCCACAUGGCUCUCUUGGGUGGACUUGGUAUCAUCCACCACAACUGUUCUGCAGAAGACCAAGCAGACAUGGUUCGAAAGGUCAAGAGAUACGAGAACGGCUUCAUCUCUGAGCCUAUUGUUCUCUCACCAAAAACCACUGUCGCCGAAGCCCAAGAGUUGAAAGAGAAAUGGGGCUUUGGUGGAUUUCCUGUCACUGAAACCGGUCAACUCAAGUCCAAAUUGAUUGGCAUCGUCACUACUCGGGACAUCCAAUUCCACCCUCGACCCGAAGACUUGGUCACAGAGGUCAUGUCGAAAGACUUGAUCACUGCACCUGCUGGCACCACCCUCCUAGAAGCCAACAACAUCCUGCGUAGGUCUCGAAAGGGCAAGCUACCGAUUGUUGACCAGGACGGCAACCUCAUCUCUCUUCUUUCCCGUUCGGAUCUCCUCAAGAACCUCAACUUCCCUCUCGCUUCCAAGCUUCCUUCUUCUAAACAGCUGAUCGCUGCCGCCGCGAUUGGUACCCGACCAGACGACAAGAACAGACUCCGAAAGCUGGUUGAAGCUGGCCUCGACAUUGUCGUCCUUGAUAGCAGUCAGGGCAACAGUAUGUACCAAAUCGAGAUGGUCAAAUACGUCAAGGAGACAUACCCAGGACUCGAUGUCAUCGCUGGAAAUGUGGUGACUCGUGAACAAGCCGCUAAACUCAUUGCAGCUGGUGCCGAUGGCCUGAGAAUUGGCAUGGGCAGCGGCAGUGCAUGCAUCACGCAGGAGGUGAUGGCUGUGGGUCGUCCUCAAGCAGCAGCAGUCUUCUCUGUCUCUUCGUUCGCGGCGCGGUUCGGGGUUCCUUGCAUUGCCGAUGGUGGUAUUCAGAACGUUGGUCACAUCGUCAAGGGUCUCGCUAUGGGUGCCUCGACCGUGAUGAUGGGUGGUCUACUUGCUGGUACUACCGAGUCCCCUGGAACCUCCUUCGUGAACCGCGAGGGUAAACUUGUCAAGGCUUACCGAGGAAUGGGCAGUAUCGAUGCCAUGGAGGACAAGAAGGCCGGUGGUGGUGGAAAGAAUUCUAAGGCUAGCAAUGCUGGAACGGCCAGAUACUUCUCCGAGGGAGAUCGACUCUUGGUCGCCCAAGGCGUGUCUGGGUCGGUUCUUGAUCGAGGUUCCGUCACCCAGUUCGUACCGUACCUCAUCGCCGGUCUGCAACACUCGCUUCAAGACAUUGGUUGCAAGAGCCUCAUUGAGCUCCGGGAGGAUGUUGUCAAUGGCAAGGUUCGAUUCGAACUUCGAAGCGUCAGUGCUCAGGCUGAAGGGAAUGUGCAUGGUCUGGACAGUUUCGACAAGAAGCUUUACGCCUGAGAAAGGAAGUCACACAUCAGCACGGCGAAACGGCGUUGAAGGAGUAUGAGAAAACAUCCCAGAUUUUGCUUUGGGCAAAAUGAUUUUAUGAGUUAUGCCAAUUCGAACCAGAUUCAGUAGAAUUGGACACUUGGCUAGUUAGAGAGGAUUUAUUCUCGAGAGCCUAUAUUGAUCUUCUACUGAACACGAGCAGUUUACUGUG